AUGAACGAAUUCAGUUCUUCCACCGACAUACCCUCGAAACAGAUCGAGAGGCCUUUGUCAGCCAUGAGUGGAACUGCUCAGACUGGAUUCUCUAGUCCAACCAGAGACACCUCCUUGCCGCUGCCACCUCGCGGUAGCCAGCUGUUCGCGCAUCUAAACGCAGGAGAUACUCCCCACGACAAGUGGAUCCCUAUCUCUGUCCACACCGCGAAGUGUGAUCUAUGCCUCGUACACAACACUUCUGUCAUCCAGCGUUGCACCCGAUGCAACCGCCAGCUCUGUCGGGAAUGCCUUAAGACUGCAAGCAAUGAUGGCGUUCAUAUCGUGAAGGAAGAUGAGUUGGAGUGGAAGCCGAGACCUCGCAUCACGUUGAGGCAGAAAGUCACUAGAGCAGCCGCCAACAACAAUGCUGUCCCUGCUACUCCUCCAAAUACGGCCAGCAACAGGGUUGUCAAGACCAGAGCUACCAGAAUGACUGCUAGAAGAACGCUGGCUACUCAACGACCUCUAUCAAGAUAUGUGAAUCAGGACGCCACGGAUGAGGAUGAGCUUUUUGUUAGUGACAUGGGAAGAUCAUAUCAGAAGGAUAGUCAUUCUGAUGAUGGUGAUGAUGGCUAUUCUACUGGUGACUGGACUCCAAGCAUGGAACAGGGCAAGUUAUCAGGACCAUCUCGCAAGAAGGCCGGGAAAGGUACGCGUCGGACACCUAGUGAGAUGGGACAAUUCAAUUCAAGAAAGGGCAAAGACAAUGAGGGAUCAUUCGGCUUUAAUCAGCCCACAGGCUUUGGAAUGGCUUUCGACAAGAUGACCAUCACGGGCACAGGAGAUAAUUUUGCAGAUGCCAUUGCCGAGGUUGCACAGCAGAAAGCUCAACGUGAGAGGGAGGCCAAAGAGCGCGAAUUCCAGCAGGACAAGAGAAAGGCCUGGGAGAACAACCCAAUCCUGGUGGACUUGAGGAACCAAGGACGGCAUGAAGAGGCUGAGAACAUCUUCAAUGCUACGUGCGAACUCGUCCUACUCGAGCGAGCAAGCCAAGAUCUAUGUCGGCCCUCCUAUGCGAAGGCUCUCUACGAAACGGUGCUGAAUCAUCAUUUUGCUACGGGAGGCCACUUUGGAUUACUCCUCGAUGUUGGCUGUGGCCCAGGCAAUGCUAUUCGUGAUGUCGCUCUAUCGUUUGACCAGGCGAUAGGGUGUGAUGCCGGCGCCGCAAUGAUAGAAGCCGCCAGAGAGCUAGGAGGAAAGGCCGAGUCCGGAUCCGAUAUCAAAUUUGAAGUUUCUCCAGCCGAGGAAUAUUCUCAGAUCAAAGGAUUAGAGCCUGCCUCUGUUGAUCUCUUGACCGUUGCAAUGGCUGCCCAUUGGUUCGAAAUGGAUAAGUUCUGGGUCGAGGCAGCCAAAGUAGUGAAGCCCGGUGGUACCGUGGCACUUUGGACUCUUGCUUCUUUAUUCUGCCACCCUUCCACUCCCAACGCUGCAAAGGUCAUGGAGAUCCUGCUCCGAUUUGAGAGGGAAACUCUCGCCCCUUAUGAAACCCCUUCAAAUCGCCUGUCAAGAGACAUGUACGAUGACCUGGCUCUUCCGUGGACGAUACCAGCGCCAGUCAAGGACUUCCCUCAAGAGUUGUUUGUGAGACGCGAGUGGGACCGGGAAGGCGUCUUGAGCAAUGGGGAGUCUUUCUUUGGCGGUGGCAAAGAGAGGUCUAUUGACGAUAUCGAAAAGGGGCUUGCAACUGCAAGCUUGGUUACUCGAUGGAGGGAAGCUCAUCCAGACCUUGCUGGUACAGAAAAGGAUGUUGUGGAACAGUUCGCCAUUGAACUGCGGGAAGCACUAGGUCCUGACCAGUCCACACUUUCGCUAGGCAGUGGAACCGUCAUCUUGUUAUUCAAGAAAUCCGAAGUCUGGUGUCUGAUGCUUCUUUUACUCAUUUCGGUCUCUCUAGGAGCUCAAAUUUAA